GCUCCAGAAAAGUUAGGAAGUUGGUGAGACUCAUGGAUGAAUGUGAUGUGAGAUGGUGUUGUGUUGUCAGCAGGCAUUGUGUUAGAUAGUGAUGAAGAUGGCAGUGCAGACUGUGACCUUAUCCUCAUAAGGAGUCGUGAACCGCACAAACGAAUUAGUGAAUAAACCAACACAAGUUAAAACUGAAUAAAACACAACAAAACGUAAGUUAGGGAAAUAUAUCAUAACACUCACAAAUAUGAUAAAAGACACAGAGUAACACAGAAUUAACAGUAAAUGAUAAUGCAGGACAGAAGAAAAUAAUAUAUAUACUGAUAGACAGACAGACAGAGACAGGCAGACAGGCAGGCAGAGACAGUCAGACAGGCAGACAGAACUUAUCACCAGAAGAAGGAGGAGUGGAGAAGACAAGAAAACGAAUGAAAAUUGGAUUGAAUGGCGGAGACAACCCGAUGACUGGAGACGGCUGGGGGGACUCAGAUGGAGACCGGGAGAGAUGACCUUGAGGCAGCCCGAGAAGGAGGGGCAUCAGCGCAGAUGAAGCGGCGGUGAGAGCGGCUACCACUUGGUGGGGAGCGCGGCGAUGAGACGACGGUGAGGUGCACGGCGGCCUGGGAAGACGAGGCAGAUGAGGCAAAGGCUGCAAGUGGCCGUCCGGCAAGAUGACCAGCUGAGGCCGCCACAGGCGGAGAGCAGAGUGAUGAGGUGUGUGUGGCAUAAGGAGCGGCAAAGAGUACCACCGGAUGGGAGAGGGUAACGGGUGGGAGAUGGCUCGGGGAAAGAGCCAAGGUACACCCACACCUUGGAGAAAGCAGGGGUGGCGCAGAUAGGAGGAGACCUGGCGAAGCGAAGUGGGUGAAGCGAAAAGUGUGGCCGCCGGGAGAUGAUGUUCAGCUCCUGCUCAGAUGAAGCAGGAGCGGGCGCGAUUGACAAGCGCCGGGCCUGGUAAGAAGCGGCGGAGAGCAGGAACGGCGUAAUGGACAGGAACGGAGACGUGGGGCGAGCGAAGACUCGGCAUGAGGCACGCCGGGAGAGUGAGGUGGCUGGGUCAGAGUGGCGGCCCGGGUGGAUAGCAGAGAUGACUGGAGCUGAGCGGCGUCUGGUGAGGUUAGCUGACCUAGGAUUUGAGUGUGGUGAAUGACAGGCAGAAUCAGAAGGCGGCUAGUCACUUGAAGGUUAUUCAACACCACCUUAUGAACGUCCGUUGUGAAACCCAAAUUUUUCCUUCGUUAUUAAGAUGACGCCUUGCAACUUGCGUGCAAUGGAGGCGCUAUAUACGCGUCUCAGCGUGUACAUAUUACGAAAGUCAAUGGAUCUGUGUGUUCCUCGAUCGCAUGAAACACUGCGCCACUUGUUCUGCAUGAAUUUCUCUGCCCACCACUUGUUCUAGAUGGGCGAUCUGCUACUCACCAAAUGUUCUGGAUGUUAUUUCUGCUACCUGCUGCUACCACUGAUUCAGAUGGAUAGUCACUGCCGCCUGUUCAAUGGCUGAUAGACUUUUUGGAUGGUGGUGAUGGUAGCAACAUAGAUUAUGGUGGCUUGUUGAUUCUCCGUUGAUAAUAUAUUGGUAGCAUGGAAUUUCGUGGGUAUUUGUUAGAUUAUGUAGUUUAUGUGCGAGUAAAGGUAACACAACAGACAAAGUCAAUUUCCUGAUUUAAUGAUGAAUAACAGAAUAUGUAUACGUAAUUGUGAGAGCACAGGAACACUAGAUUUUGAGAGGGAAAUAAAUUACCGCCCUAUCAUAGGAGAGAACCAUUUGCCAUGCGGGCAGGUGGGCGGAGCCUGUAUCAAUGCGCGCGGGCCCAGGUGAGCGGGUCACGACCUUGCCAGGUCUCACUCCCGGCCGGGUCACCCAGCGCCAAAGACGUGCCCUCCUCGACUCCUCCCGAACCAGCCUGCAGAUAGGACAGCGUGGUGCAGCGGUAAGCCAAAGCCCUGACCGACGAAGCUGGCUUUCAUCGAAGCAGACUGAAGGAGUGAGUACACCAGUGGAACGCCUUAGGCGAGGCAGCCUGAUAGUCAACACACACACCAGCAACAUCCACCACUACCACAACAUCCACUCGCCUCCAGACCCUCACAAUGCGUUCAUCCCUCCUGCUCGGCCUUACAGUGGUCUUGCUGCUGGGCGUCACCGUGCCUCCAUGCAUGGCAGGCCAGGCUCUCAACAAACUUAUGCCUAAAAUCGUCAGCGCCAUAAUUUAUAUGAUCGGGCAGCCGAACGCAGGUGUCACUUUCCUGGGCCACCAAUGUCUGGUGGAGUCGACAAGGCAGCCAGACGGUUUCUACACCGCAAAAAUGUGGUGUACUUCAUGGACUUCUGAUAAUCCUAUUGUUGGGGAAGGAAGAAGCCGGGUUGAACUUGAGGCGCUUAAGGGUUCCAUCAGAAAUUUUGUCCAGACUGCAUCCGAUUACAAGAAGUUCACCAUAGAGGAAGUCGAGGACUGGAUUGCUUCUUACUAAGACGCUCACUUGACGUGCUUUCCGAGUCCAUCAAGGUUGCUUUGGUGAAGCCACCAGUAUUAGUUUGAUCAUAGAGGACAAACACUAACUCAGAUUCAUCUUCACUAAAUCUGAUAAUGAAACACAUUUUUUUAGUAAUUUAUUUGUUACACUUUUCUGUGAAGCAAGUGCUGCUCGUAAGAAAUCUCAAAAUUUACACUUUUUUCUUUAAUAUCCUUGUUAUCAAUAAUUAUUUGGAACAAGUUCCUUCUACCAGGUAUACAAAUGUUAUU